AAAAAAGAUUAUAGGUAUAGAACUAACAAUAUCAAAUAUGGAUCCAUUGGAACAACUAGCACAUUGGGGUAAUGAGAUGAAUGAAUUCGUCUCUGUCCAUGACCAGAGUUUUAAGCACUAUGUGUAUUCUUCAGAUCUAAAAGUUUCCAGAACUAUGGAUAAUAUUCUUGAAGUUGAGAAGCAACAACGAAUAGAAACAGAGCAGCAGUUAGAAAUUAUUAAUCCAAACCAAAUCUAUGUAUCUAAUCUAUGCGUCGGUGCUGGUUUCUUUUCUCAAGUUUUCAUCGGUACUCACAAUAAUAUAGAAGUUGCUUGUAAACGUUAUGAAAUGAAGGGUGACAUGUUUUAUAACGAAACUGCCAAUCUUAAGCUACUAAACCUACAACAAUAUGUUCCCAGAUUCUACGGGAUUCUCCAGUUAGACGUAUUUUAUUAUAUUGUUAUGGAAAUGGUCCAUGGAAUCACCAUAGAACAUUACUUGAAUACCAACCCUAACCCAUUCGAGUUAUUCUCCAUUCUCCGUAAAAUCAUCAAAGCUUUAAUUCAUAUGCAUUCCAUUGGUGUAACUCAUGCUGAUAUUUCAAAUUCCAACAUUUUAGUAUAUAAUGUAGGAAACAGCUCCCGUAUCAAGUUUGUGGAUUUUGGUAUCAGCUGUAAUAGUAAUCCAAAUAUAAAAGUCCAUUAUAAAGGAAAAAAUGGUUACAUUGCACCAGAGCUUCUAGAUGAAGGCAAAACUCGAAAAAGUCUUAAUGAAAAAACAGAUGUGUACUCUUUUUCCGUUCUUCUCAAAGAAAUACUUGCACGUAAUAUUCUUUUGGAUAACUAUAAUGGAGUUAGUAUAGAUUGGUCUACUAUACUCUCAAAAUGCAGUAGUAUAGACCAAAUUAACCGUCCAACUUUUGCAGAAAUUUUAAACUAUUUCUAUGUUGUUUAAUCUACACACAUUUUUAAUU